AACCUCAAUGCAGUAAUUUAAUCUUUUUAUUUAUUUAUUGGUCUUUUUUUCCCAUCUCACCAGAGACAGACUCUCCUCUCUUUCUUUUACAUUUGCUGCCCAACAGGAAAAAAUGAGGAGAGAGUAAAAGCAUGUAUGUUUUUAAGGGUUUCUUCCUUUCUUCUCCUCUUCUUUGCCCACCUGAAUUCUUCUAAUAUCAUUCCUUGUGGUUCUGUUGUUGUAUACUUUCGUUGGGUUUUCUCUUCAUAAUCUAUUGAAGCUCCAUUGACGCUUCUUCUGUGCAGUUCCUUAGAAGCAACUAAUUUAAUUCACAAGCUUCAAGAUUUAAGGGUUAACACGCAAGCUCAUAAAAGCUCCAGCUUCCAGGUUUGAGAAAGCCGUGAUUGCUUUCUCUGCAAUGUAUUUUUACUCAAAGGACUUUAUUGGGUUAUAUCUAUAUCGGUGGCCUUUCAGGGUGACUUGUGUAUUACAAAUCUUUAUUGCGUGUGAUUUAUAUAGGCAAUUCUAUUACUUUGUCCAAAACAUUAGGGUUUUGGAGUUGAAAGAGCAUUUUUUUCCUGUUUUCUUUUUGCUUUCUGGGUUUUAAAGUUUAAAGGGUGUGUUCUAAUGGGUCCUUGUUUGUUUCUUAACUGGUUAUAGGAUUUAGGUGUCUGGGGUCCAAAGGUAUUAGUACCUGGUACUUUUUUAUUUGAUCGAGAUAUGAGUCGUAGGGUGCGGCGCAAAGUGGCAAAGAAAGGAAACGAGAAGGUGGUUUUGCCUAGUUUUCCUGAAAUUGAAGAUGAGGUUUCAUGUUCUAAUAGCAAUGAGGCUGUUGAUUGGACUAGCUUGCCUGAUGACUCAGUUAUCCAACUAUUUUCCUAUCUGAAUUAUCGAGACCGGGCAAGCUUGUCAUCAACAUGUAGCACAUGGAGGGCGCUAGGCAGUUCUUCAUGCUUGUGGACUUCUUUAGAUCUCCAUGCUCACAAAUGUGAUGCUGCCAUGGCGACGUCACUUGCUUCUAGAUGUGUAAAUCUUCAGAAGCUUAGGUUUCGUGGAGCAGAGUCAGCUGAUGCAAUAAUACAUCUCCAGGCUAGGAAUUUGCGUGAAAUAAGUGGUGAUUACUGUAGGAAAAUAACAGAUGCAACUCUUUCUGUGAUUGUGGCUCGGCAUGAAUUGCUUGAAAGCCUCCAACUUGGGCCUGACUUCUGUGAGAGGAUCAGCAGUGAUGCUAUAAGAGCAAUUGCUUUUUGCUGUCCUAAACUGAGGAAACUUCGGCUGUCUGGAAUUAGGGAUGUUUCUGCUGAUGCCAUCAAUGCCUUGGCCAAGCACUGUCCAAAUUUGAUUGAUAUUGGGUUCUUAGACUGUCUUAAUGUUGAUGAGGUUGCAUUGGGAAACAUAGUAUCUGUUUGUUACCUCUCAGUUGCUGGGACAUCAAAUAUGAAAUGGGGUGUGAUCUCAACUCUUUCGCAUAAGCUGCCUAAACUGAUUGGAUUAGAUGUUUCAAGAACUAAUAUUGAACCAACAGCUGUUUCUAGUUUGUUAUCAUCAUCUCAUAGCUUGAAGGUUUUGUGUGCAUUAAAUUGUUCAGCUCUCGAAGCAGACGCCACCUUCAGACCAAACAAGUACAAAGGCAAAUUAUUAAUUGCCCUGUUCACUGACCUUUUUAAAGGACUAGCUUCUUUAUUUGCCGAUACUACAAAUUCAAAGAAAGGGGAAAAUGUGUUUUUGGAUUGGAGGAAUUCAAAGACCAAGGACAAAAACUUUGAUGAUAUUAUGACUUGGCUAGAAUGGAUCCUAUCUCAUACCCUUCUGCGAACUGCUGAGAGCAACCCUCAAGGUCUGGAUGAUUUCUGGCUAAAGCAAGGUGCAGCGAUAUUGCUCAGUUUAAUGCAGAGCUCACAGGAAGAUGUACAAGAAAGGGCAGCCACAGGACUUGCAACUUUUGUUGUCAUUGAUGAUGAAAAUGCUAGCAUAGACUGUGGAAGGGCUGAAGCAGUUAUGCGAGAUGGUGGUAUACGCCUCCUUCUAGACCUUGCCAAAUCCUGGAGGGAAGGUCUUCAGUCAGAGGCUGCUAAGGCUAUCGCAAACUUGUCUGUGAAUGCAAAUGUUGCAAAAGCGGUUGCAGAAGAAGGAGGAAUCAACAUUCUUACUGGGUUGGCAAGGUCCAUGAACAGGCUGGUGGCUGAAGAGGCUGCCGGAGGACUUUGGAAUCUCUCAGUUGGAGAAGAGCACAAGGAACGUGCAGCUGGUGCUUUGGCUAAUUUAGCAGCUGAUGACAAGUGUAGCAUGGAGGUUGCGCUGGCAGGUGGUGUACAUGCCUUAGUGAUGCUUGCUUGUAACUGCAAGUUUGAGGGAGUGCAAGAGCAGGCUGCUCGUGCAUUAGCUAACUUAGCUGCUCAUGGAGAUAGCAAUACUAACAAUGCUGCUGUUGGACAAGAGGCUGGUGCUCUUGAAGCACUUGUUCAACUUACGCGUUCACCACAUGAAGGUGUCAGGCAGGAAGCUGCUGGUGCUUUAUGGAACUUAUCAUUUGAUGACAGGAAUCGAGAAGCAAUUGCAGCAGCUGGUGGUGUUGAGGCUUUGGUUGCUCUUGCUCAAUCCUGUUCAAAUGCCUCCCCUGGUCUACAAGAGAGGGCUGCUGGAGCUCUCUGGGGAUUGUCGGUGUCAGAAGCCAAUAGCAUUGCCAUCGGACGAGAAGGAGGUGUUGCACCUCUGAUUGCUCUGGCACGAUCUGAGGCAGAGGAUGUCCAUGAAACUGCAGCAGGGGCACUUUGGAAUCUUGCUUUCAACCCAGGAAAUGCUUUGAGGAUAGUGGAAGAAGGUGGAGUUCCUGCGCUUGUGCAUCUGUGUUCUUCAUCAGUAUCAAAGAUGGCACGCUUCAUGGCUGCAUUGGCAUUGGCAUACAUGUUUGAUGGAAGAAUGGAUGAAUUUGCAUUGAUAGGAACUUUGACCGAAAGCACUUCAAAGAGUGUGAGCUUAGAUGGCGCUAGAAGGAUGGCUUUGAAGCACAUUGAAACUUUUGUCCUGACAUUUUCUGAUCAACAAACAUUUGCUGUUGCUGCUGCAUCAUCAGCUCCAGCAGCCUUGGCACAAGUAACAGAGAGAGUUCGUAUUCAAGAAGCAGGACAUCUCAGAUGCAGUGGGGCUGAAAUUGGAAGAUUUAUUGCCAUGCUACGAAAUCCCUCCUCUAUACUCAAGGCUUGUGCUGCAUUUGCCCUUCUCCAGUUUACCAUUCCUGGAGGCCGACAUGCUAUGCACCACGCAAGUCUCAUGCAAAAUGCAGGAGCCACACGAGUUGUGCGUGCGGCAGCUGCUGCAGCAACUGCACCGCUUGAAGCGAAAAUUUUUGCAAGAAUAGUACUGCGUAACCUUGAGCACCACCAGAUAGAACCGUCAAUAUGAAGAGAGCUGUUAAAACUAGCCUAGUUUCAUUGUUGGAGCCCUGUUCACAAACAAAACACAACUUGCUUAUGGAUGGAAUUGGAACUUAUUUUGUGCUAUGAUCUACAUAUGGAGAGGCAACUAAGGUGCUCAAGCAACAUUGCUCAAUGUAACUUCUUUCCUUUUCUCUCCCCUCAUUUGUUAGGUGUUUUGAGUUUUUGAGUUUGAGUUUUUUUUUUUUUUUUUUUUUUUUUUCUGGUCCCUUAAAUGUAACAUUUCUUGUUAUAUAUUAGAAAGUACUUUGGGUUGGGGAUUGAUUUUCUUGUAUUUUUAUCUGUAUUUGUUGUGACAUACCUUCCAUAUAAAUGAUAUCGUAGCUGUUUGAGACUUA